ACACUUUACUGACUGGUCCCAAGAGGAUAUCCUUCUCUUGCAGCAUUCCUUGGUCAUUUGCGCUGGUAGCAAGUGCGACUCUACCUUGUUUUCUUGGAGCUGGUCACAACAACUGUGCCCCAGUUUUCGCGCCCACUCUUCACUACAGCUGCGAUCCGGAAAGGGCAACGAUCCCUUUCAAACGUAGGUGUAUCUCACCAACCUCAGAAACAACCAUGCCGGUGCAGACCAGCGCUCCAACACUCCCGGACUCGUUUCCCUCCUUCAUGUCAGUUUUUGGCGGGCGGACGCUUGAUUUCCCCGAGAAGGAGGCGCGGAACACAGCAUUCAAACCUCUCCGUCUGCCCACCAAUGUCACCAUCAAUACCUCGACCCGCCGUCCCUUUCCUUUUCAACAUCGUGCGAGUAUUUCCUCCGUGACAUCAGGUUCCGCCGACUCUUCGCCCACUACUACCAUCUCAACGUUCGACUCGCCAUCUGUGGCGGAUACAUCUCCCAGCUCCUCUCCCGAAUCUCCCUCGUCCAUGCCGUUGGCGUUCAACAACAAAUUCACCAUGCCCCCGGCGCGAAACUUCGAAAGCCAGUCUUCGUCGACUAACAGCCUUUCCCAACCAGCUUCAGAUGGCGCUAGUCUUCCACGGCCCGAUUCUCCAGGCAGGCGGGCACGAAACCUCAAAAACCUCUCACUGAGGAUGCCGCCACCAUCCCAGUCGCGCCCACCCAUCGCAACAGCAUCUAUGGUCGAAGGGACCUCACACCAUCUCUCCGCUCCCCCGUCUCCCGUGCACGUGCCUUUGAAGGGUAUGCGCCGCAAACCAGCAAACUUGACCAUCCGCACGCCCGGUUUCGACAGGUCAUUUUCCAACAACAUCACUGAGCUGGUUCCUCCCACCCCGCACUCAUUGCGCCAUACCGAAUCUUCGCCUUCCCUGACCUCUGUCUUUUCUCCUUCUUUCGGUCCCAAGGGUGGCAUGCAGCUACCUCGGCCCAUGACGCAUCAUGGCGCCCGGCGACCCUCGGCUACGUCGGAGAGCAACUUGUCACCCCUACAGACUGUAGAAGAUGAGGAUUCCGCUUCUGGCGGGGUGUUGCAUGAGCUGAAGGAGGAGGAUGAUCAUCUGGACUCCCGAGAAUCGACGCGGCGUAGCGAGCGAGGCUAUCCCAAUGGGCCCAUUCAGAUUUACGACUCAGGCGUUUUCCUCUACUUGGAACCGACUGCGCAAGAAGCAUCCGAAUUUGAUGUUGUUGUGAAUGUGGCCAAGGAAGUCGCAAACCCGUUUACUAAGGCCAGCACCAGCACCGAAACUGUGGUGAGCGCACUGCGCAAUGGGUCCGUCAGUCCCAAGCGCCUAUCCAUUGCGGAGCCAUGGACCGCCGCCUCAGAAACAUCGUUCAAAUCCGCAUUUGAAUACCCCCCAAGUAGGGCGUCGCUACCGGCGACUCCGAAAAACGAAGCACCCGGACCGGAAUAUGUCCACGUCGGCUGGGAUCAUAACUCGGAGAUCCUCGAGGAUCUAUACCCACUAUGCGAGCUGAUUGACUCCCGCAUCGCAGAUGGAAAGAAAGUCCUUGUGCAUUGCCAGCUGGGCGCCAGCCGAUCAGCCUCGUUGGUGAUCGCCUACGGUCUUUUCAAGAACCGAGACUUGGAUUUCAACUCGAUGUACGAGAUUGUCAAGGAGCGCAGCCGCUGGGUUGGCCCUAACAUGAGUCUCAUUUAUCAGCUGACGGAUUUCCGCUCCCGCCUCCUCCGUGGGGGCUUGUCCAAAGCCGCCCCUGAAGAGUGGUUCGGCGAAAGCUCACCAAAGCUCACCGAACAGCGGCGCUCACGAGCCGAUAAGCGAGAGUCGGGCGAGACCUGUAUUCCUGGCAACGAGAGUGUAUACUCCGAUGUCGAACCCCAUUCGUCCAAUGCGAUGUCGCAAGCAUCGAUGAGCUCUUUGUCGGUGCCCUCCACCAAUCAGACCACGCCCGUGUCAAUUGAGAGCCUUGGAUUUACCAAGUCUCUUUCGCACAAACGAAGCAUCUCACCCCGGCCAUUGCCUCUACGUCAGAGCUUUCAUACCGGGUUGACAAGUGAUAUCACACCUGCCAAAUCGGCACCACCCGCAUGGCACGCAGAAGCCGGGCCGUGCUCGUUGGCUAAGACCGAUAUGUUCGUGCGGGAAGGGUCUGAGGAAUCCAACGCUCUCUUCUCACCGAGGACGACGGACUUCAUGGCCGCGCCUAUCUCGCGAUCGGUUUCCGAUGUCCUUGAGGAUGAUGGCCUCAACGGACUGCGGUUCCGGUCACGGAUAGCAGAUCCGCGGUCUCCGCCACCCGGGAAUGAGAGGUUGAUUAUGAGAAAUAUUGAUGAAUUUCUGUAAUUCUGCCAUAAUGUCUUCGACUGGACUGGCCAUUGGGCGUCGGUCUGCGAAAUGAUUCCAUGACUAUAACCACUUCAUUCUGACCCGACCAUUCGGUCAACAUUCCUUCACCUCUUCACUCUGGCCGUUGUGGCAUUUACGU